AUGCUGCUAAAACCCGAUGUUCUUUUGAAGCAACUCGCAAUCGCGUUACCUUUAAUCGAUUCUCUACUGCAAGGAUUGUUAUCCAGUAGAUGGAAAAAAUUAUGGAAGUAUGUACCUGGAUUGAACUUGAUGUAUUAUGAUUUCCGCAACAUAUUCUCGAUUGACCACAUCGCAUUCUUGAGUUUUGUCGACCGCUUUCUGGGUUUUAAUACUCAGUCGUGCUUACAAAGUUUUAGGCUAGAGUACGAUUCUUCUGAUUAUGGUGAGCCUGGAGAUGCUCUUACUAGGCGGUGGAUCAACAGUGUUGUUAGGCGGAAAGUGAAGUAUCUCUACCUUUCGGACUAUUCUUGUGACGCCUAUUAUGAUGUCCAGAUGCCUCCAACCAUUUACACUUGUGAGAGCUUAGUAAGCUUGACGCUCUCUGGACUAAACUUGCCUAGUCCCAAGUUUGUGUCUUUACCUUCUCUCAAAGUUAUCAGUCUAGUAGUUAUUAAGUUCGCCGACGAAGACGAUUUGGCUUUAGAAACGCUCAUCUCACAUUGCCCAGUUCUUGAAAGCUUAUCUAUAGAGAGGAGUUUUAUUGAUGAUAUUGAAGUUUUACGAGUGUGUUCUCAAUCCCUGUUGAGCUUCACUCAUAUUGCAGACGGUUCGGAGGGACUUGUUGAAGAUUUACUAGUUAUAGUUGAUGCUCCUAGGCUUAAGUUUCUGAAUCUCCGUGAUCAACGCACUGCAAGCUUCAUACUUAAAGACCUGGCUUCCCUUGUUGAUGCUGAUAUCGAUACUGUGUUUAACUUGAAAUUAAACAAGAUGUUCGAUCCAAAUGACCUGCAAAAAAGAAAUAUGAUUCGUAAUUUUCUCGUCGGGAUCUCCAACAUAAAAAAUUUGACCAUCGCUUCGCCUACUCUUGAGGUCAUUUAUGAUUACUCAAGAUGUGAACCACUACCCUUAUUCCGUAACCUAUCUUCCUUGCGUGUUGACUUCGACGGCUACAGGUGGGAAAUGUUGCCAGUUUUUCUUGAGAGCUGCCCAAAUCUACAAUCUCUUGUCAUGGGAUCUACUAAUUAUCCGGAGAAGGAUGGAAUUAAUAUCUUGUCUGAACCUCGGCGUGUCCUAUCAUCGUCUCUCAAGUAUGUCAAGAUAGAAAGGCCCCUGAAAGGAGAGGAAAUGGAGAUGAAACUAGUGAGUUACAUACUUGAGAAUUCAACAGGCCUCAAGAAACUGACCCUAUGCUUGGAUGAUUCCAUAAAGAAAGAAGAAUCUGUCAUCUUCAGAGAACUCAUUACCAUUCCAAGACUCUCUACAUCAUGCCAAGUUGUAGUUCUUUGAUAGUCAUAACACAUAACCAAUGAACGUUCUAGGUUGUUUUUAAUGUUAUUUCUUAGCUUCUGAUGACAUUGAAGUGUUGUAGUUCAUAAAAAGAAUCAUAUUUAUGGAUCAAAUCAGUAUCACUCCGUCGUGGCUGG